AAAAAACGAGGGUGCGAAACUACCGUUUUGCCCCCGCGCGGCAGUCCCUUCACUUUCGCCUUUACCCUUUUCCUCUUUUUGAAGAUGCGCAGUUCCUCCUCCUCCUCCUCUCUCCAUUUCCGCUCUCGAUUCCUCUCCUUCCGCUAAACCCCGCAGCUUCGGAAUUCCCGCUCGGGUUUUCGCUGAGAAGAUGGGCCAGAUCCAGUACUCCGAGAAGUACUUCGACGACACCUACGAGUACAGGCAUGUGGUUCUCCCUCCUGAUGUGGCCAAGCUUCUCCCGAAGAACCGCCUCCUUUCUGAAAAUGAAUGGCGUGCCAUUGGAGUGCAGCAGAGUCGUGGUUGGGUUCACUAUGCAAUUCAUCGCCCUGAACCACACAUAAUGCUAUUCAGGAGGCCUCUGAAUUACCAGCAGCAGCAAGAGAACCAGGCCCAGCAAAACAUGCUUGCUAAGUAGACAUGUUAUAUUUCUAAUGCUUUGAAACAAUAUUACAGUAUAAUUAGGGUUGGAAGCUUUAGUAAAUGUUAGGAUGUUUUGAAACUUGUCAUUGUAAUUGGCAGCAAUUCUCCUCUUUGGAGAAUCUAUCGUGGGACUUUGUUUACUGUUGGCGUCAGUGAUCCAAUGUUUGCACUGGUCACUCUGGUCCUUUGUUGGAGUAGCACUCGCCUUGCUUGGCUGGUGUAAUUGAGAAAUGACUGGUGUACAUCAAGAUGAAUACUUAAUUCUGAUUUUGCGUUUUAAGUGGUUCUCACAA